AUGACGAUCCCCACCACCCUCCCCGCCGACGAGAGCAGCACCCCCGUAUUCGUCUACGGCUCCCUCAUGUCCCCCAAGAUCCUCUACGGCAUCAUCGGCAGCCCACCCAAUCUCACUCCCACGCUGCUCAAAGCCCAGAUGGCGCCCGCAACCCUGCACGCCCACAAGCGGCACAGCGUGCAGGGCGCCGACUUCCCCGCCGUCGUCCAGACGGGCGUCGACACGGACAGUGUCCACGGCUUCCUGGUGACGGGGUUGACCGAGGCCCAGAAGGGCCGGAUCAACAGCUUCGAGGGAUACCUAUACACGAGUGAGAGGGUCAAUAUUGUGCUGGAGGGCGGCAAGAGCUGCUGGGCGAGUGUGUAUGUGUGGGCGGGGAAGGUGGAGGACUUGGGGGCCAAGGAGUGGACGUUUGAGGCGUUCAAGAUGACGCGAAUGUACUCCCGUUGGGGGCAGGGGGAGUAG